AUGGCGAAGAUUGCAACCCUGGCAGCGAUCCUUGGAGUCCUCCUGGUGAUGUCCCACGCCGCCGCGGCUAACCGCGCCACCAUAACCACGGUCGACAUCGAGGAGCCCGAGAACCAGAAGCGCCGCGGUGGGAGCUGCUACGAGCAGAUCGAGAGGCAAGACCUCGACCGCUGCGAGCAGCUCUUCGAGGAUGUGUUGAGGUGCGGCGGCGGCCAGUACGGCGAACGCCAAUUCGGAGGCGACCAGUACGGCGAAUGCCAGUGCUCAAGCCAGCAGCUGAGGCAGUCGAGGCACUUCAGGCCGUGCUGCCAGCAGCUGAGGCAGCUGGACGACCCAUGCCGGUGCAAGGGACUGAGGGAGGUCGUUAGGGAGCAGAAAGGCGGGUUCGGAGGUCAGGGAUCGCAAGAGGACGUGACGAGGUGCGUGAGGAACCUUAACAACGUGUGCGGGUUUGAAUCUCGGUACUGCGACAUCAGAGCCAUGUGGUAG